UAAAAAAUGAAAUAAGUAGGGAAAAUUGGAUUUUUGUGAUUGCCGUGCAGUGCCUACAAAAAGGCCUGCAAUCCAUCCACCACGACACCACGUAUAGUAGCUGAGCUGAGCUGAGAUACACAGAUAGCCAAGAAGAAGACAAAGAUCAUAUGAUGUCUUCUCAUCAUAAUCCUAAUCCACAUGUUGUUCUCUUCCCAUUUAUGUCUAAAGGCCACACCAUCCCACUACUCCACUUAGCUCGCCUCCUCCUCCGCCGCCGCCGCGGCGUCGCCGUCACCAUCUUCACUACUCCGGCCAACCGCCCAUUCUUCUCCAAAUCCCUCUCCGAUGUCCUCCACUCCAUCUCCCUCAUCGACCUACCUUUCCCGGAAAACAUCCCCGGCGUCCCCCCGGGAAUCCAAAGCACAGAUAAACUCCCUUCCAUGUCCCUCUUCCCGCCGUUCGCCGCCGCCACCAAGCUCAUGAAACCUCACUUCGAAACGGCGCUGAACUCUCUCCCCCCCGUUUCCUUCAUGAUCACCGACGGCUUCCUCGGCUGGACUCUCGACUCCGCUAACAAACUCCGAAUCCCCCGCCUCGUGUACUUCGGCAUGAGCUACUUUUCCUCCGUCGUGUCCCGCUCCGUCACUUCCGCCGGGUUAAUCGUUAAAACAAACGGCGAUGACGAGCCGUUCACGGUCCCGGAUUUUCCGUGGCUCAGUGUCACCAGAAACGACUUCGAUGCCCCGUUUCGAGACAGAGAGCCCAAAGGCCCGCUUUUCGAUUUUGUAAUGGAGCAAAUGGUCGCCACUGUAAACAGUCACGGUUUGGUGGUCAACAGUUUCAGCGAUCUCGAGCAUGUUUAUAUGGAAUCCUAUAACCGCAACUCUCUGCUCAAAUCAUGGCCCGUCGGCCCUCUCUGCUUGGCAGAACCACCGAGAAAAAACCCACCGGAAAAUCAAGAAAGCCCGUCCUACAUAAAAUGGCUAGACCAGUUUCACGAACAGGGGAAGCAAGUUCUGUACGUGGCAUUCGGGUCUCAAGCGGAGAUAUCCCCGGAGCAAUUGGAGGAGAUUAAAGUCGGGUUAGAGAAAUCCGCAGUGAAUUUCUUGUGGGUGGUUAGAACCCACGAAUCCGAGCUCCGAGCCGACGGGUUCGAACACAGAGUGAAAAACAGAGGACUCUUGGUCCGGGAAUGGGUUAAUCAGAGGGAAAUUCUCGCCCACCCGAGCUUGAAAGGCUUCCUGAGUCACUGCGGGUGGAACUCCGUACUGGAAAGCAUAUGCGCGGCGGUUCCUAUCGCGGCGUGGCCGAUGAUGGCGGAGCAGCACCUGAACGCGAGGAUGGUGGUGGAGGAGAUGAAGAUCGGAGUGAGAGUGGAGUCGAGCGAUGGGUCGGUGAGAGGGUUUGUGAAGGCGGAAGGCGUGGAGAAGGCGGUGAGGGAAUUGAUGGAAGGAGAAAUCGGUAAAAAUGCGAGGAAGAAAGUUAAAGAGCUCAGUGAUUCCGCCAUUAACGCCGUUAAAGAAGGUGGCUCAUCCUGGCUCAAAUUAGGUGAGCUCAUUGACGAGUUUCAUGCAAAAAUGAUAAACAAUCCCCAGUGAUUUGACGUACUCAUGUGCUCCAGUACUCCCAUAAUAAUAAAGGAAAAUAGUAGAUUAACAUUUUCUACUAUCAAACUUUUAUUUUCAGUCUCAAAUUGUUUCUUAUUAUCAACUUUUAUUUUGAAUGUGGACAUUUUUUGGGAUUUACAUGAUAAAUAAGUGUAUCUAGCUUAUUAGCAUACAGAAAUUGUUCAUAUCCAAAA